UCCAGUUUGUGUUAUCUGAUUAUUUGAUAAUAAUUUUUUGUAUAUUUGGGGGUGUGGUGGUGGGCUGAGCACUGGUGCCCCAGAGCAGGUGAGGAGGUUAGCAGAUUACCCUGGGCAGGUAACACACACAGUCUGUUCUGCAGUAUCUCCAGGGCUUUGCAGGCUGCACGUCCUAGCAUACCUCCUCUUGUGCUUUUUGUUUGGAGGUUCCCACCAGUCUGGUCUCUGUUUGGAAUCAUUUCAGAGAAGAUAGAGCCCAGCAGAGCGCAUGGAACGUUCAGCUCCCCGUGUUCUCCUGGACAGCUCACCUCAUCCUCUACUCUCUGUGGAUAGUUAACAAGUGUACCUGUGUUGUUUGGGGUGGGGGGGCUGGAUACUUCUUCAUUCUGGUGGUAAUUUCCAGGAACAAUCUUCUUAAGACUCCAAUGACCAUGUUCCAGCCAGCGGGAAAACGCUGCUUUACCAUUGAAUCUUUGGUGGCCAAGGACAAUCACUUGACUUCAGAAGAACCCAUCCGACCCACAGCCUUGAGCUACCCCAGCUCUACCGCGGACGCCUUUGUCAAUGGCUUCCCCAGCCCGGCUGGUAGGUCCAUCUACAACAACCCCGAGCUGGUCUUCCCCGAGGCGGUCAACCACCCGUCACUGACUGUCCACCCUCACCAGCUGGGGGCGUCCCACCUCCAGCACCCUCACUCCUUCUUUGGACCCCAGCACAGAGACCCCCUCAACUUCUACCCCUGGGUGCUAAGGAACAGGUUCUUCGGCCACCGAUUCCAAGGCAGUGAUGUUUCCCAAGAAAGUUUACUACUUCAUGGUCCCUUUGCCCGGAAGCCCAAGAGGAUCAGGACGGCGUUUUCCCCAUCACAGUUACUGAGGCUGGAGAGGGCGUUUGAGAAGAACCACUAUGUGGUUGGAGCAGAAAGGAAGCAGUUGGCCAGUAGCCUAAGCCUGUCAGAAACACAGGUGAAGGUUUGGUUCCAGAACCGAAGGACAAAAUACAAGAGACAGAAGCUUGAGGAGGAAGGUCCAGAUUCUGAACAGAAGAAAAAGGGUUCUCAUCACAUCAAUAGGUGGCGAUUGGCCACAAAGCAACCCAAUGGAGAAGACAUUGAUGUUACUUCCAAUGAUUAGACAAAUGGAUUUCAAAAACUAGAAUAGAUUUCAGACUGCAAAACACCCAUGGACUUAACAGAGGCACAAAGCGGAAAACAAAUAUAAUAAACUGAGAAUCCGAUUGAGCUUAUCAAACACUGAGAAAAAUCAUUUCACACCUGUUAACAUGUAGGCCAGAAGUUGACCGGGGUAAUCAUCGGAAAUAGGACUCAUGCACUUGUCAUAGAAGAGGAGGAGGGCAGGUGGUCCAAACCUGCUGAUAACUCGUACAGACUUUUAUCAGUUGAACAUUGAUCACCAACUAAUGAGUACAAAUGUUCUCUUUCUCUAUCUU